AUGGUGUCGCUGGACAACGGUACCGUCUUGCUGGAUCACGGCGAGCUCAAGUUUGCCUACCAACGGCGGUACGGUCUAAUUGGAGAAAACGGGGUCGGUAAGUCGACCCUCCUCAAAGCCAUUGCCAAAGGUAUGGACGGAUUUCCUACGCAUUUACGAGUCUUGCACGUCCGGCAAGAAGUCCCGGCUCAUUUGGGCGCCCAACUUACGGUCAUGCAAGCCGUCCUCCAAGCGGAUGUGGAGCGCAAUUUGCUCAUGGAGCAGGAGAAGAUUCUCCUCACCAAACUUGAACAGGCGGAUGGGGCCGACGAUGCUUUACGGGCUGAUCUCAAAUUACUGGAUCACGUCUACGCUCGGCUCCAAAUUUUGGGGUCCGAAACGGCCGAAGCCCGCGCCGCCAUGAUCCUGAGUGGAUUGCAGUUCACCAUUGCUAUGCAGCACGCUCCCGUCGCCUCGCUUUCGGGAGGAUGGAAAAUGCGCGUCGCGUUGGCCGCGGCCUUGUUCAUUGAGCCUGAUGUUUGUCUACUCGAUGAACCGACGAACCAUCUGGAUCUGGAAGCCGUCCUCUGGCUCGAAUCCUACCUGGUCAAUUACCGACACACGUUGAUUGUGGUCUCGCACGAUCGCGGCUUUUUAAACGAAGUAUGUACGGACAUUAUGGAAUUCAAACACAAACGGCUGACAUACUAUCGUGGAAAUUUCGACAACUACGUCAAAUUACGGGACGAACACGUUCGAAACGCCAUGCGGGUGUACCAGGCCUACCAAACCAAACGUGAGCACAUGAUGGAGUUUAUUGAAAAGUUUCGGGCCAACGCCAAGCGGGCGACCAUGGUCCAGUCGCGUAUCAAAACGGUGGAGAAAAUGGACGCUGAAGCACCCGAGGCUAUCCAGGUAGAUCCGGUGUGGCGUUUUGCCAUUCCGAAUAGCGAACCACUGGGACCACCAAUUAUUGCCGUAAACGAUGUUACCUUUGAUUAUAAACCCGACGAGAAACCGGAAAGCGAAUAUUUACUCCAAAAGGUCAAUUUUGGUAUCACACUGACGUCCAAAAUUGCUAUUUUGGGGGCCAACGGCCAAGGCAAAACGACCUUGUUGAACCUCAUUAUGGGCAAACUCCAACCAAUGAAAGGAUCGGUGUCCAUCAACAGUGGUUUGCGGAUUGGCCACUUUACUCAGCACUCGAGCGAUAAUUUUGAUCUAAAGCAAUCGGCUUUGGAGAACUUACUGAAUAUGUUUGAAGAUGCCGAGGACCAAGAGAUGCGAUCCUUUUUGGGCAAAUUCCAGAUUCAAGGCAACGAUGCAUUAAAACCCAUGGCUCUGUUGUCUGGCGGCCAAAAGUCCCGCGUGGCGUUCGCUGCGCUGGCGUACAAAAAGCCUCACGUUUUGGUGAUUGACGAAGGCUCCAAUCACUUGUCCAUGGAAGCCGUGGACGCCCUAGUGGAAGCAAUCCAAGACUUCAAAGGCGGAAUUCUAGUGGUUUCUCACGACCAAUACUUUGUUUCGAAUACGUGCUCCGAAUUAUGGGUCGUACACGGGGGACAAGCAACGCGGUUUCGCGGAGAUUUUGACGAGUACAAG